UCCGAGUCCUUGAACCCUUAAAUCCAAGCAUCUCUUGCAUCAGAUUUCAACAUUCUCUGUAUGCAUGGCUUCAUCUGUGGCACAUUGUGAAGAGAAAAACACGAUGUUUGAAACUUGUGGGUCAUCAUUUGAUUCAGAAACACUUGAUUUGGUUCCUUGCAAUGGAGUUUACUUGACAUGGAAGGACCUUUGGGUCACAGUUUCGAUCCGAAAAGAUGGCAUAAAAUCAAUACUUGAAGGGCUAACUGGCUAUGCUUGUCCCGGUGAAGUUUUGGCAAUUAUGGGCCCUUCUGGUUGUGGCAAGUCCACUCUUCUUGAUGCUUUGGCUGGUAGACUAAAUUCAAGAACAAGACAGAAAGGAGAAAUCCUGAUAAAUGGUCGGAAACAGAAUCUGGCAUAUGGAACAUCAGUAUGAGCUAUUCCGCCACUCAUUUGAUUGGUUAAUCUAUUUUAUAAAAACGUCCAGGCAU